GCGGGGAAAGCAGCGAGCCUGGCUGGCAUGAUAAGAAUUUUGUUUAUACUUCUCAGAAAAUUUGCCAGGAAGACCUCAGCGUGCGGGGGCCCCGGGUUAGAAAAGAGCUUGUCCCCGCCCCCCCCUCACCCCCCCCCCCCGUUCUAAAGGCAGUUUGUUCUCUCGUAAAACCCUCGGACACAGCACGGAGAGCGUAGGGGAGAAAAUGACAGUCAUCUGCCAGCCCGCCGCUCGGUAGCGACCACUGCGAACGUUUGGGUGACAUCAGUAAAUGUCGAUUUGUGUUGUGUGUGUGUGGACCUCGUAGUAGACCGUCGUGCACCGUGAUCUAACCAAGCCCUGUUGAUGAACAUUAGGUUGCUUCCCGUUUGUCACAAGAUAAGCAGCUCUGCCAAGAUGUGGCCGAUUAUCGUGUCGUGAUAGAUUUACGAAUAGGGUGAAAGGCCAUAGCAGAGAGCUGGAUCGGAAGUGGAGCAGCCAGGACUCGAACUGAUGUCCAUAUGGGAUGCCAGGACUGCAGGCGGUGGCUUUACCCUCUAUGCCAAAGCGCCGGCCCCAACUUGUUAGUACUUUUAUUCCAAACAAGCAGAGAUGAUGAAACUGAGGCAGAGGGAGGUUAAGAACUUGCUCAAGAACACGUAGCUGGAAAUGACUUAGAGGCCUUACAAAUACAUUUGUGCAUUCUUGCUUCAGACUUUACUGUUGAGGGCCAGCCCAGUCUGGAAGUACCUCUUGUUCAUGUUGCAAGGAAACCACUACCUCAGCAAACAAAAGGAAAGGAGUAGAAGACUUACGAUAACAAAUGACAUCUUUACAAAAAAACAAACUUGUUUUCAGAAAACAUUAGAGGAAGUUUGGACAUUUUUGGCGUUGGGGAGAACCUUUGUAAGUAAAUGGAUUUGACGAGCAGGCUCUGUCAAGGUUCUUCAGAGACGUGAUCUUCCUUCUUCAGGACUUUGUGUGACGUAAUUCUGUACUGCUUUUAAAAUUGCUGUUGAUCAGCUUGUGGGUUUGGGGUUCUAACUUUUUUGAUAUAUUGAAGAUACAUUAUAUUACAUUUUUAAAAGUUAAGUUAUUUUUCUGCCAUUGUAAAUAGAAUUAUCAAAAUAUUGUUGCAUAGCAAUUAUAGGUAAACGUUUUUCUCCGCAAGCAUAUCUUUUUAUUGAGAGUGGAAUGCUAAGCAGUUCUUAUACAGCAUUUGGGACACACUUUUAUUUUUUGUCAGUGGUUCUGCAUACACUGAAAAUAAUAAUUAUAUAAAACCUGCUGCCCUUCUUACAUCUACAUUGGGUCAUAUGGUCAUCUGCCUCUUAGAAAUGUCUUUUUUAAAACUUACAUUUGCAGAGGUUCACUAUUUUUAUACCUAGCUACAGUUUUGGGGGAAAAAAAGGAAAAAUAUCCACACCCUGACCUGCUUGUAGUCACUAGGACAGUUCCCCUCCCGCAUGUAUUGCUGCAGUGCCCAGGACAGUAAAAUGGACUACAAACGGCGCUUCUUGCUUGGCGGGUCCAAGCAGAAGGUGCAGCAGCACCAGCAGUACCCGAUGCCCGAGCUGGGCCGAGCACUGAGUGCUCCCCUGGCAUCUACGGCCACCACUGCCCCCUUGGGCAGCCUGACUGCUGCAGGCAGCUGCCACCAUGCUGUGCCCCACUCCACUCCCAUUGCUGACAUCCAGCAAGGCAUCUCCAAGUACCUGGAUGCCCUCAACGUCUUCUGCCGUGCCAGUACCUUCCUCACAGAUCUCUUCAGCACUGUGUUCAGGAACUCUCACUACUCCAAGGCGGCCAUGCAGCUCAAAGAUGUGCAGGAGCACGUCACGGAAGCAGCCAGUCGGCUGACCUCAGCCAUCAAGCCUGAGAUUGCCAAGAUGCUCAUGGAACUUAGUGCUGGGGCUGCAAACUUCACAGAUCAGAAGGAAUUCAGCCUCCAGGACAUUGAGGUGUUGGGGAGAUGUUUCCUGACAGUGGUGCAAGUCCAUUUCCAGUUUUUGACUCAUGCAUUACAGAAGGUCCAGCCAGUGGCUCACUCAUGUUUUGCUGAGGUCAUUGUGCCAGAAAAAAAGAAUAGCAACAGUGGCAGCAGUUUAUCCAGCAUGGGCCAUACACCGGAACUGGAGGAAGCUGUACGGUCCUGGCGAGGGGCUGCUGAGGCAACAUGCAGACUGAGAGAGAGAGGCUGUGAUGGCCGCCUGGCAGGAAUUGAAGUUCAACAGCUCUUUUGUUCUCAAAGCGCAGCAAUUCCUGAGCACCAGCUAAAGGAGCUGAACAUAAAAAUUGACAGUGCUUUACAAGCAUAUAAGAUAGCUCUGGAAAGCUUAGGGCACUGUGAAUAUGCAAUGAAAGCUGGCUUCCACCUGAAUCCAAAGGCAAUCGAAGCAAGUUUGCAGGGCUGCUGCAGUGAGGCGGAAGCCCAGCAGACAGGGCGGAGGCAGACACCCCCGCAACCCAUGCAGUGUGAGCUUCCCACCGUCCCCGUGCAGAUCGGAUCGCACUUCCUGAAGGGUGUCUCCUUUAACGAGUCGGCCGCUGACAAUCUGAAACUCAAGACGCAUACAAUGUUACAGCUGAUCAAGGAUGCAGGCUGCUAUAAUGGAAUCACAUCCAGGGAAGAUCUUCCUGUGACUGAAGUUCUAAAUCAGGUGUGCCCGUCCACGUGGCGGGGCGCCUGCAAGACUGCUGUGCAGCUGCUGUUUGGCCAAGCUGGACUGGUGGUGGUCGACACAGCACAGAUUGAGAAUAAAGAAGCCUAUGCACCCCAGAUCAGUUUAGAAGGCUCCAGAAUCGUGGUUCAAGUCCCAUCCACAUGGUGCCUGAAAGAAGACCCUGCCACCAUGUCCCUGCUGCAGAGAAGCCUCGACCCUGAGAAGACGCUGGGGCUGGUGGACGUGCUCUACACUGCUGUGCUGGACCUAAACCGCUGGAGAACAGGGAGGGAACAAGCUUUACCUUGCAUACAGAUCCAGCUCCAAAGGGAAAUCUGUGAUUUUGGGAAUCAAGCUGACUUGCCUUCUGGAAAUGGAAACAAACCUCCAGGUGGCUUGCAGAAGACAUUCUCUAAACUUACAUCCCGGUUCACCAAGAAAGCUUCAUGUACCAGCUCAAGCAGCAACACAAAUUAUUCCAUCCCAAGUACCCCUUCCAAAAACAUCUUCAUAGCUGGGUGUUCAGAAGAGAAGGCCAAAAUGCCCAGUAAUAUUGAUACAAGGUUACAAAGCAUUUUGAACAUUGGUAACUUCCCUAGGACUACAGACCCAUCACAGUCGGCUCCGAAUUCCAGUAAUCCAAUGGCCAAUGGUUUUCUCAUGGAGAGGCAUGAGAACUUCCUGCAUGGGGAUGAUGGCAAGGAUGAGAAGGGUAUGAACUUACCAACCGAUCAGGAAAUGCAAGAGGUGAUAGAUUUUCUCUCGGGCUUUAACAUGGGCCAGUCACAUCAAGGUUCUCCACUGGUGACAAGGCGUAAUUCUGCUGCCACAGCCAUGGUAACGGAGCAGAAGGCAGGACCCAUGCAGCCACAGCCGUCAUCACUGCCAGUGCCCCCUGCACCACGGCCACCCCAGGCUGGAGCACAUACACCUCUGACACCCCAGCCAGGACUGGCACCUCAGCAGCAGUCCCCAAAGCAGCAACAACCCCAGGUUCAAUACUACCAACACCUGCUCCAACCCAUUGGAACACAGCAGCCCCCACCCCAGCCUCGGGCUCCUGGGAAAUGGGUACAUGGCUCUUCUCAGCAGCCAGCACAGCCCGUUGGACCAGGUCUGUCUCCUCUUGGCCAGUGGCCUGGCAUAUCUGAUCUCAGUUCUGACUUGUACAGCUUGGGUCUGGUGAGCAGCUAUAUGGAUAAUGUAAUGUCAGAAGUUUUGGGACAGAAGCCACAGGGACCUAGAAAUAACACCUGGCCCAACCGUGACCAAAGUGAUGGAGUCUUUGGAAUGUUGGGAGAGAUUCUCCCUUUCGAUCCUGCAGUGGGCUCAGACCCAGAGUUUGCACGCUACGUGGCUGGAGUGAGCCAGGCAAUGCAGCAGAAGCGGCAAGCCCAGCAUGGUCGCCGUCCAGGCCACCCCCGGGGCCACUGGCCUCCCAUGGAUGAUGCCCAUCGAACCUGGCCCUUCCCAGAGUUCUUCACAGAAGGGGAUGGCCUGCACAGCGGCUGGUCUGGUGCUCAGGGAGACUCUGCCAGUUCGAGCGAUGAGACGUCCUCAGCCAAUGGCGACAGCUUGUUCUCCAUGUUUUCAGGGCCUGACCUCGUUGCUGCUGUCAAGCAGAGAAGGAAACACAGCAGCGGAGAGCAGGAAACCAGCACGCUGCCCUCGCCGCCUCUCCUCACCACAGUGGAGGACAUGAGCCAGGAAAACAAAACCAAAACGUGGCCGCCCAAAGCACCGUGGCAGCACCCUUCCCCACUGCCCAGCACGCUGCCCAGCCCGAGCACACCGCUCUAUGCCGUCGCCAGCCCCGGCAGCCAGUGGAAUGACACCAUGCAGAUGCUACAGUCGCCAGUGUGGGCUGCCACCAGCGACUGCAGUGCCGCCUCCUUCAGCUACGUGCAGACGCCACCGCAGCCCCCGCCCCCACCAGCGCACAAGGCGGCACCCAAGGGCUUCAAGGCCUUCCCUGGGAAGGCUGAGCGCAGGCCGGCCUACUUGCCCCAGUACUGACCAGGGCCAGUCUGAAUGCCUUCCCAGGUUGUGGGGGUGAAUAUCCCCACCCCAGGGCGACUCGCUGACACCAGCUCCCCAGAGGACCAGUGCACUCCUGUCCCAGGGGUGGUUUCUUGGGGAUGGGGAUGUUUGGCAGCUCCAAACCUUUAAAACCUGGCUUCACAGACUUUGGAGGCAUCAGACGUCCGGAGAGCCAGCUGCAGACGGUUUCUGGCCCUCAGGGGGAUGCCGGAGCAUCUGCAGGCUCAGUAAGCACCUCAGGGGAUUCUGAUGUAAGCAGCCUUGGGCCACACUCUGAGAAACACAGCUCUAAGAUUUUAGUCCCACUGUGUGUGGGAAGGCACCAGGACUGAAGGCUGGGAGCAAACUGACCAUGUUCUGAGACCCUCUCUUUAACAAGUUGUGAUGACCACACCAAUCACUGUAUUUUCUAGCUAUUUUUCCUUUAGUUUUUUAGUUAAAACAUCUCCUGCCUAAAAUACAUUGAAUAAUUUAAGAUGACAGAUACACUGGCUGGAGUUUGUUCAACACUAUCUUUAUUUAAGCUUCCACAAAAAGGGCAAAGUUUAGAAUAUUUGUGACCAGAAGCAAUCACCUGGGUUUUCUGAGGGUGACCAGCUCCUUGCCACCGUAGGGGUGCAGCCUUUACCAGAUUUUCAGAAAAGGAUUGGAGGCAUUUCCUGAUGAUCCUGGAAGUGAGCCAGCUGGCUGCUCUCAGACCCUGCAUGUGGCCAGAGGCAUCGACAGGGACCUCCAGGAUGAGGGCAGAGCAGUGCUGUGCAGAUGCCUGCACUGGCAGCAUUUGUGAGCUGGCUCAGUGUAGACAGGAAUCAGUUUAGUCUUGUCUUUAAAAAAAAAAUAAAACUCUGCCUCAUUUUCAGUUGCUAUGUGCCAUUAAAUAGAUAACAUCCUGUGGAUUUAGGGAUAUUUUCCAGCCAGAAUGGAUCCAGAAGAAUUGAAUGGUGCUUAAAUUGAGAAAUAAUAAAUAUAUCUAUAUAGAGUAGAUAUCCCACUGUAUAUUAAUUGAGGUUACAGAAAGUUCUUUAUAUAAAACUUAUUUAAAUUUUUCAUAUUUCAUCUUUGAAAAAAUCUAAUUGAGAAAAAUCCAUAAUAUUUUCUGGUAUGAAAGUUUGACAGUAUUAAUAUUUUUUUUAUAUUUUCUUAAAUCAUUAAACCAUUUUAAUAUAUGUUAACUACUAAUAAAUGGUUUAUUCUUUCUAACUCCAUAUAAGCUUUUCCAGCAAAGAUUGUAAUAACACAUUUAUGUUCUCAUUUUUCUACAGAUAUAAGUAAAUUUAUAUUUAAAAAUACCAAAAAGAAUAAAUAUAUAUAUAUGUAUGUAUGUAUGUACGUACACACAUACACACACACUAAUUAUAGAGGACCCUUAGGGUGUCUGAGCCCAGCCACCUGACUUUUUAGUACUGUGUUGUUAGGCUGUUUCCAGGCCUCGAGUGUUGUCUUUUGUGCUAUGUGGGGAUGCCAUUGCUGCCUGUUCCUAUGAUCCUUUCACCGUGGGUUCUGAACAUUCACCUCACCAUGUUUACAGAGAACUCUUUUGUACAUAGACUCUUUCAGGCACGUGCUUUGCACCGACCCUGCGUGGCUCUCGUCUGUUGUGUUAGCUGUCACAGUGUACGCAGUCUGUUAAAGUCGUUUGUGGCUGUUCUUCUUGUAAGAUAGUUUUUUCUUCAAUAAUGUGUCCAUAGUACCCUGUAUUCCAAGUUCUAUUAUACUGACGUACUCUUGUUUUAAUAGUGCCUCCCCAAAGACCUCACCCUGGACAGAAAUCAGUCCUGAGGCCCCAGUGCAGGUGGCAUUGCUAAUUGUCACUUUCCAGUUUGACAUUUUGUAAUUGCAUCUCCAUGGGCUGUGAGACUGUGUGAAGCUAUUUGUGUGGUCUCCAUGUAGGUGCUGUGUUCCCAGCACCACUUGCUCUGAACACUGGUAAUUCCAGGUGCUGCGCUCGGCAGAGGGGUCUCGCCAGUGCGCAUGUGUGUGCGUGUGUGAGUGUGUGUGUCCUUUGCAUGGCCGGGUGUGGCUGCCUUGCUCGGGCAUCAGCAGGACACAGUGUGAAUAGUUAUAAUGCUUCCAAACUGGAACUCUACAUUUUGUAUCUUACUUUUAAAGCUCCUAUAAGUAAAAUAACUAUUGGCUUUAUU